CCCGAAGCCGCCGCCAUGGGCACGGACGGCCACGCCGCCGGGCUCCUGCUGCGCCGGGCCAGCACCCUGCACCUGCAGACCGGCAACCUGCUCAACUGGGGCCGCCUGCGGAAGAAAUGCCCGUCCAGCCACGGCGAGGAGCUUCGAGAUUGUAUUCAAAAAACCCUGAAUGAAUGGAGCUCCCAAAUCAGCCCUGAUCUAGUUCGUGAGUUGCCAGAUGUCUUGGAAUGUACCGUAGCUCAUGCAGUAGAAAAGAUAAAUCCUGAUGAAAGAGAAGAAAUGAAAGUUUCUGCAAAACUGUUUAUUGUAGGAUCAAACUCUUCAUCAAUGAGAAGUGCAGUUGAAAUGGCCUGCUCUGCUCUGGGGAUCACUCAGCUGGAUUCUGUAAUCAUCGCGUCACCCCCUGUUGAAGAUGGAGUUAAUCUUGCCUUGGAGCAUCUACAGCCUUACUGGGAAGAACUAGAGAACUUGGUUCAGAACAAAAAGGUCGUGGCCAUAGGGACCUCUGAUCUGGACAAAGCCCAGCUGGAGCAGCUGUACCAGUGGGCACAGGUGAAACCAAAUAGUAACCAAGUUAACCUUGCCUCCUGCUGUGUGAUGCCACCUGAUUUAACAGCAUUUGCUAAGGAGUUUGACAUCCAGCUGUUAACGCACAAUGAUCCCAAAGAACUGCUUUCUGAAGCAAGUUUCCAAGAAGCUCUUCAGGAGAGCCUCCCCGACAUCCGAGCAAAUGAGUGGGUGCCCCUGUGGGUCCUUCGGUAUUCGGUCAUUGUUAAAAGCAGAGGAAUUAUCAAAUCCAAAGGCUACAUCAUACAGGCCAAGAGAAGGGAUUCUUAAUUUUUCAUUGGAGGGUGGCCUACUGACUUCACACUACAGAAAAGUAAUUUUUUCCAAAUCAAAAAUUCCUAAGAUAUAAAAACCAAAAGUUAUAAACUUUAAAUUGUGUCAGUGAGGCAAAGAGUCUAGUCAAUUUUGACACAGUAUGUUUUCAAAUACUGUAUGCAUCCUUUCUUGUCUCCAGACCAAUUCAGUCAUAUAUGAAACACUGUAUUGUUUUCAUUAAACUAUUGUUUUCUAAUAGAAAUUGUCUAUAAAGAAAAUACUUACAAUAUAGUCUUUAUUUUUAUGACUAAUAUAAAUCAAGAAAAUUGUUGCGAGAUAUAUUUUGGCCAUAGGCAUCAGGGUAAGAUAUAUAUAUAGAUAUAGAUAUAGAUAGAUAGAUAGACGUACAUAUCUAUCUGUAUUUUUUAUUUACCAAGAAAAAUCUUUAAUUACUUCUUAAUUCUUAAGGCCAUGAGGAUGUUUAAGUACAGUUGUUAAAACUAAAACACUGGAGAAUAUUCUUCCUAUCAUUGAUUGAAAUUAUAUCUCAAAGUAAAUAGAGUAGCUGGAUUCUACUAUACUAUAGAUUUCUUUUUUUUCUUUUCAAUACAUGGAUAAAAAUUUAACUUUUUCCCUGGCACUAUGACCUUGUACUUAAGCUAUGGUGAUCUAGCCUUGUUCUUGUGCCAUAUUUCGUCUCACCUGUGUUUCCUACAAGAACAAACCAAUGUAACUGAAAAGAAACUGGUAGCAUUUUUAAUCACAAAUAACUGAGCUUCUCUGGAAAACAACAGUCAGCUCCUGAUAAUCUUUACACCUCUUGAAUCAUCCUGAAUGGUCUUCUGCCCAGCUGAUUUGGCUGCCUGAUCAGCUGAGCACAUUAUGUGCCAAUGAUCACCACCAUUAUUGUAAAUGACUACCUAGAAGAGGUGACUAAAAGCCGCAAAUGGGAUUUUUAAAAUGCCCUCAAUUCAGAGCCAAAGUUGUGCGCAGUAAUUCUCUAAGGUAUAGUCCAACUGUUCAAAAAACAAGGAAUGAAAUAAUACUAUUUUAGUAGUGGAAGGGACCCUAAAAACCAUCUAAUUACAUUUUAUUCAUUUGCCAUUCAUUGGUUCUUAAGCUAAAAUUUUUUUCAUAGGCAGUAGGCCAUAGCACUUGAAUUUGAAUAUGACCUAAAAAUUUGUAUUAACCAAAUAUGCUUUGGAUUGCAUUCAGUAUAUUUGACUCAUGAAGCCAGAGGAAAUUGCAGAACUCAUGUUGCUUCAGCUUUCUCAGCUUAGCUAAAAAAGACCUAAAUAUAAAUAUGCCAAUAUUUAAAAUACCAGAUACAUUCUUUCCAUCCCAAGAUUUUUUUAUGCCAAUAGAUAACUUAUUUAAUAAUAGGAAUUGCCCUGUUGAAAUCAGCCACCUAAUUUUAUUCCUAGAGUUGUAAUUAUUAUCUUGACUUUGAGCCUGCUUAAAGCCUUAUAGCAUUUUUAUAUUAACUUUUAAUAUUGUGUGUUCUCAAAAGCUAAGCAGUAGUUUUAGAAAUGUGAAACAUUUUUCCCAUCUAACACGUCUUUUGAACAAAAAGUUUACAAUAGUUGUUUAAUCCUGUAAAAUGAAUUAUUCUCAAAAUAUAGAGUUUAAAUGUUACAUUAAAUUUUUUUAACCUUGAGUGUGUAAAAAUGGAAAUUGUUGGGUUUUGGGGUUUUUUUGUUUUUAGUUAUUACAUUAGUGAUGCUUCUGCUGAACUCUAGGCACAUCUCGCCUUCUUUUGCUUUGAGCUUUCCAAAAAAUAUAGAUUCAUUCGGUGAAGGGGGAGGAUCAUGUGUGUCCUUUUGUAAAUGAGCUUUUGUUCCUUUUGUGGCUGAAUAACAAAUCCAGUGUAGCUUACUGAAUUUUUUAAGCCUUUCUGGUUGUCUGUGCUUUGUUUCCUUAAUCCUAUUUUCUAAAAAUAUUAGAAUAUGGUGUUUACCUUUCAUCUUUUUUUCUGCCUUUUUUUAUAUUUGACUUGUUAGAGUGACAAAGCUCCAACACUAAGAAUCAUAACACUAUUAAAAAAAAAAAACUAGGUUUUUUAAAAAUAGCUAUCAAUAUCAUACAUGAAAGAUUUGUUUCUAUGGGACAUAUGUUUAGUGACACAGAGUAUAAAUAAUUUACAUUACUACCUCUUUCUAAUAAACUAUAAAAGAGGCUGUCAAAGUGGAAAUUGGAUUUUUCAAAAUACAUCGAAGCCUUAUUAUAACAUGACUAGUAGUAUUGUGGUAUCAUGUGUAAAAUGGGUCUGUCUUGAACUUCAUCCAAGAAUUUUUAGUUCCCAGAAGGACCAAAUGAUUGAGAUAUGAGACCAAUGUCUCAUAACAUUGAUUCUGAAAACUACACUAUAGUAAGACUCCAAUGUAAUACCAAUUUAGAGAUUCCUACUUAAAAGAAAUUAAGUUAAAAUGUAACUGGAAGUUCCUGUCUCAAACCAUGGUCUUCAAAUGUAAGUCACUUGGAUGGCUAAGUAUAAAACAUAACAAUAUGGUAUUUUCCCCCUCUUUGCAUGAAUGUCUGUUUUUCCUGUUUCCUAGUAAUGACUGACAUAAAAAGGACUUUGUUUUCCUAGAAGUCUAAUCAUACAAAGACCAUUCAAUUAUGUAUAUUGAUAGCAGAUUUUCAUUUUAACAUUCCCCCCUACUCAGUGUAUUCAUAUUUGGGGGAUAUAAGCAGUUGACAUACUAAUGACAUGUCAUCAGGUAACUUCUUUUCCAGUCAAUAUGUACGCUCACAGGUCAUUUUAAACUCAUUAAUUGUGAAUUUAAACUCUUGUUUUAAUAAACUGAUGUGUGUUCUUGCUA